UAGGCUUCCAGCCAUCGCCAACUAACCCAUGAAACAUCCUAAAAUCCUGCGCAGAGAACCUCUCCUUGUCAUUAUUUUUUCUCCUCUCGCCUAUCGUUGGGCGGUUGUCUACUAGCUCGGCCGGCCAACAACCUGCUACCUGAAACCGGACGGACUGCAAAAUGACUUCAACAACUAUGCUCGCCAUUGCUGGCGUGCUGCUGUCGACCGUGACAAUCUGCAUCACAGGUAGUUCAGCCAAUGCAGUCAACCCAGCCAAUCCUGCUCUGGACAAAUGCCUGCAAGGCUGCUUGUCGGGCAUUUGCCUGCGAGAUGAGACACUGUCGAGAACGUAUGACUGUUUCUAUGUCAUUCAGUACAAGUCCGUCCGCAACGUCAGCGACAGCAAGAGCUACCGUAGCAGCGAAUAUAUCGCAAUUUCCUCCACGAAAAUGUCUGCGAACGCCACCAAGACAUUCACCACAGCCGUUGGCGGUAACACCCAUGGAUACUCAAUGUACCAGACCAAGUACACUGAACUCAAACCAUCCCCCAGUUUACCACGGCCUGAAUACUACAGGCAACUGUUUGGUAUAAUUUUAACUCGACUUCGGGCCAUCAAGCGUUAUGUUUCAACUACCGACGUCCUGAAUGUCAUUGGGAAUUGUGCUCACACAGAGCCUGGUCCUGGCCCUGGACCUAGAAUAGGAAAAAAGGUAGUUAAUGCAUUCAGGGUCUAUCAGUUUCUAGAGAAUUCUCUGUACGUCUAUUGGUCGUCCGCUAUAAGCAAUGGAGGCUGCGGCGCACAGCUGCCGGUUAUGUACACGGUGAAACAACCGCGGGCACCAUCCUUCAUUUCGUGCACACGGGAAGUCGAGUACUACAUUCCGCUCUCCGGCCAUGAACCACGCACGUACGCGCAAGCAGAACAGCUCUGUAAGGGCUCUCGGGUCAUGGAGAACAAUUACACCGGUGACUUUUAUCCGUACAAUUGGCAUGGUGGACAGAUCUUCCAGGGGGGUCUGACCGGCGAGCUGGCGGAUUUCUUUCAGCGCACGCCCGCGGUGUUGCCAUGCCAGGGCCUGGUGUGGAAGAGUGGCUGCAACGUAACGCAGGCCGGGGCUGCCACCGCCGGGGGACAGCAGUGCGAACUGUACGAUCAGAGCGGGGAGCUGCUGAGCCGAUGCGCGUCGCCCAACGAGCGCCAUUACGUCGUCUGCGAGCGACCGGUGGUUAGGGAUGAUAAGUUCAAGCUGUUGUAACUUGAACCGGGGCUUGGCAGCAACAAUGCUCAUAUGAAAGCAUGAAUAAUGGGUGGCUAAUCAAGAAUGAAAAUCAGGAAAAUUCCGGCAUUGACAGAUUACUUCUCUCUUUCUGUCUCUCUUUCUGUCUCUGUUUGUCUGUCUGUCUGUCUGUCUGUCUGUCUGUCUGUCUGUCUGUCUGUCUGUCUGUGUGUCUGUGUCUCAUUGUCUCUCUGUCUGUCUGUCUGUCUGUCUGUCUGUCUGUCUCUCUCUCUCUCUCUCUCUCUCUCUCUCUCUCUCUCUCUCUCUCUCUCUCUCCCUCUCACCAAUUUUACAUGUAAGCUCUUGUGACCCUUCUCACUGAGGCUGCUAGUGACCGAUAGCUAUUUCAAAAACUCGCUGCUCCAAUCAAAUCUCCCUUUUCUGUGUCUUUCUUCAGCUUCGUAUUCGCACAGUUCACCAUUCUUAUUAUCUUGUAUGUUGUAUUGCUGCAUUGUCUAACUCCACUUGAGCAGAGUUCUAUCCGGUCACUUAUAAGUUAUAUCCUCAUUGAACACUAGUAACAGUUUGUAUACCUCACAGCGUAUGGGUUACUGUGAAUUCCUGACAGUCGUUCUCUCCCCUCUGAGAUGGCCAUUUGUCAUUCUAGUUUCUGAUUGGUAUUCUCAAAUAGCCACAGCCCAUUAUCUGCCAAAGCUCGAAUUUCUAAUAACAGACUGCUGUCAGUUCAUCUGACUGUGAAAACGAA